AUACUUGAGUGUUACUGACGGUACUUUAUUAUUUUCCCAAAGCUCUCCUCCCCUUUCCUUGCCCGACUGUGUUUUUUUUUUUUUUUUUUUAUUAGACUUUAACAAAUCUGAAACGCUCUUUCCCCACUCUACUUCCACCCUUUAGCUAACCUACUUUCACUUUCCCGGUCCAAUCACGAUAGCUGGUGUGAUCUACGGCGCUGAUUGACUUGUAUACUCACGCGCUUUCCACGCAAUCUUCGGCUAGGGUUUCUUGAUGGUCUCUUCGACAAUUGCAUAGAUGGUUUCUUCGGAGGAGUGUGUAACACAUGAAGUUUGUACAGAUAAAUUACAGAGCCUAGACGCUGGAAGUCAUGCAUUGCAACAGAUCUUUGAUAGUAAAAGUCACUCAGCACUAUCUGAACAAGGAGAAGGAACCCUUUCUAUUAAAUCAGAGAAAGAUCUGCUUCCUGAUACUGGGGAACAUCCUUCACAACUGGAGCAAGGAGGAAAUGCUUCCUCUAUGAUAUCCGAGAAAACAUUGCUGACUCCCUCUCCAUUGCCUGGUACAGAAGGGAGCAGUCCUGUAGUACGUGAGAAAGCAUCAGAGGAUGGGUAUAACUGGCGUAAAUAUGGGCAGAAACUUGUUAAAGGAAAUGAAUUUGUUCGAAGUUAUUACAAAUGUACACAUCCAAACUGCCUAGUGAAAAAGCAAUUAGAACGUACACAUAAUGGGAAAAUGGUUGACACUGUAUAUUUUGGUCAGCAUGAUCAUCCAAAGCCACUGAACCUUCCACUAGCUGUUGGAUUUGUUGUCUCCGUUGUUGAAGAGAGACCAGAUAAGGCCUCUCCAACCGUUGUCGAAGACAAGUCAUUGGAUGCACAUAUCCAAACACCUCGCCAGAUUGAGCCAAGAGAUGGUUCUCAGCCUUUAGCUGUUGCUGCCAGUGAAGAUGUAAAAGGUGCACCAUCAAAAUCAAGUAGGACAGAAAAUGUUGCUGAUAGUGAUGAUGAUCAUCUCAUCUCAAAACGAAGGAAGAAAGAAAAUAGUAAUGCUGAUGCAUGUCUGAUGGAGAAGCCAACCAGUGAAUCACGAAUGGUUAUUAAGACUCUGAGUGAGGUUGACAUCGUAAAUGAUGGGUACCGCUGGCGCAAAUAUGGGCAGAAAUUAGUUAAAGGCAAUCCAAAUCCAAGGAGUUACUACAGGUGCUCAAAUCCUGGAUGCCCUGUCAAGAAACAUGUAGAGAGGGCUUCUCAUGAUGCUAAAUUGGUUAUAACUACAUAUGAGGGGCGACAUGACCAUGAUUUGCCUCCAAAUAGGACUGUUACUCACAAUUCAAGGGGAGUAAAUGAUCAUUUGGCAGCUCCUAAUGACGAAUCAGGCACCAAGGUAGAAAAAAGUGAGACCGUCUGCCUCAGUAUGGCUGUUCAUUCUAGUUCUGGAGCUGAGAAUAAAUCAAGUGAGCAAUUGAACGGUGAGUCAAGAAGUAAGUCAGGUGUUGGUAUGAUUGAUGCACCUCUAUUUGGUCCUGAAAGUGGGUCUACUGAGCAACGGGGUGGGAAGUUGGAUCCCUGUAAAGAAAGUGAUGCAGUUGGCAGGGAUAUGAUUGUUCAUAGUAAAACGAGUUCUCAGAAUACAUCAAAUGGGCAACUGAGCAGCAAAUUAGAAACGAAAUCAGAAAAUGAUACUGUUUGCAUUAAGCAGAUGGUUCAUAUCACUCCACGUUCUGAGUGUAAUUUUCAUGAGCAACAAAUGCCUAGUGCAGAACCUGUCCAAAGCUGAACUGAGGGUAAUAGUUUAAUUAUGGUCCUAAGUGGCAGUGUAUUCUCAAAUGGAUCUUUUUCAGGAUUUUGAAGUAGGGGCUGCAGUUGGUUGGGUGUAUCAAUAAUGUAUUGGCAAACCACCCAUGUGUAAAAUUAUUUUAACCAGUUAAAUAAUGCCAGAUUAAACAUGGUAUUUUUUAUCUUACAGUAAGAUCAGAUAUACAGUAGGUGUCACUGCUAAUCUUUAAAGAG